CAAAUCUGUAAGCAGUAACACUGAUGAUAUUUACGUAAAUGGAAUAAAAUAAUAAAAGAUAAAUUAGUCACUGCAUACUAGUGUAAUGCUAAACCAUUAAAAGAAAAAUGAAUACAACAGAAAGAUCACCAACCGCUGAACGGAUUGGACGUUUUAAACACAACCGAUCUUUGUACAUUUCCGCCGAAAGUAAACUCAAAGGAUCACAGUUUAAGCCAAGGGAAUCAGACAUAUUCAUUGUCACUUUUCCUAAAUGUGGCACAACGUGGAUGCAACAAAUCGUGCAUCAGCUGAAAACAGGAGGAGAUAUGAGUUUCGAUGAAAUUACGGAUGUUGUGCCGUGGAUUGAAUUGGCUUAUGAUGUACAAUGUGACCUUGAUCGUGAACAGAAAUUUCCCCGAUGCUAUAAGACCCAUUUGCAAUACAGUGACUGUUCUAAAGGGUCCAAGUACAUCGUGAUUUACCGAGAGCCGCGUUGUGCUUUGUACAGCUUGUACAGCUACUUUCAAGGAUGGCUGAUUAAAACUCCUGAUGAGAUCACCAUUGAGGAAUUUGUAUACGAUUAUGCUUUCCAGCCUAAUAUAGUUCAUAAUUACUUCGAGCAUUUCAUGACUUGGUGGAUGCAUCGAAAUGAUGAAAACGUCCUGUUUCUGUUUUAUGAAGAAAUGAAGGAGAAUUUGGAGAAAACAGUUCGUGCAGUGGCUAAGUUCAUGGGGACGAAUGACGAAAAGAAGAUCAAAACAGCAGUUAAAUUGAGCACAUUUGAGUUUAUGAAGGAAAAUUCCACAAAGUUCAAUGAAAACAUUGCACGCUAUCAUCGCAACCUGUCUGCAUGCACAUUUCUCGACGGUUUGAAAACAUCGGAUAAGGUCGUAACCGGUUCAACUACGAAGGCUCUACGAAUCCUUCCGAGUCAACUGCAAGAUGAUAUUUGCAAAAAAUGGAAAGAGACUGUUGGAAACAUUUCAGGCUAUGAUAACUACAACGAUCUCAGGAUUGACUUCAGGAGGCUUAAACCUUUGACACAAUCUUUUGAAAAGUUGACGGCAUAAAGGGAUAUAACCUUCUUAAGUUUUCUAAUUCUUAAAUCGCUCAUCGAACUAAAACAAUAUCCAAUUUGAAAUAUUUAUAUUAGACAUCUAACAGCGCAGUUUGGAUUAUGUUAGGCCCACACAAUGGCGCAACUAUUGCAGGUGUGUGUGAGUGGGGGCAGUCGCCAUACCACAGGACAUUUGGAUAUGUUUCUGUGGGAUAUGUAUGGUUUGUUGUCGGAAAAUUAUAUUUCACUAUGUGUAGCUAGCACAUUAGAAAUACUGAAUAGACGUUAUGCUAUAGAUCUGAUUUUGAUAAUCAGACAUGGUCUGA